ACUUUCUCGCUUUCAUUUCAACAGUAACGCGUUGCUGAAUUGAUCAAAUACCACAUCUUUACACUAAUCCAAUCCUUAAUAUGAUAAUGAUGUUACUGUUGGUUGCAAACGAUUCGUGAAUAAUAUAAUGUGAUUCCCGGCACUUGGACCAGGCGGACGUAUUUGGAGGGCGGAGAAUCUCCCUAUUCUUUGCAAAGCCUCCUGGGUACAGAGUCCAUUUUAAACAUGGCGGCCGCGCUGCGUCGGAUUCUGUCCUUCAGUAGAAAUGCUAAAGUGUUUGUAUCACCUUUGAAGACAUCGGCGUUUUCUGUACAGCGCUACAGUCUAGAAGUGUCGACCACUGGAGAGCAAGUUACCCACACUGGACAGGUGUAUGAUGAAAAUGAUCCCAGGCGGGCCAGAUUCGUGGGACGACAGAAAGAGGUGAACAAGAACUUUGCCAUCAAGCUGGUGGCUGAGGAGCCGGUCAGUGGCGUUGAGGCCAGAGUGGUGUCAUGUGACGGGGGUGGAGGAGCACUCGGCCACCCCAAAGUCUAUAUCAACCUGGAUAAAGAAACUAAAGUGGGCACAUGUGGCUACUGUGGACUGCAGUUCAAACAGACCCAUCAUCAUUGAGACUUGUUCUCAGUCAAUCUUGCUCUGUUUAGUGUUAUUCUGGUUAAUAAAUGAUAUCUGCUAUU